AUGAAGGUCGUCAUCUCUCAUCUGAUCAGCGCCAUUAGUGCUGUUAGCGCUGCUAUUGCCGGCGCGAAGGCCGUGGUCACGGAUGCAGUUGAUAGCCUUAACGUUACCUCCAUCCUCCCUGAAGGAUACACUGCUAUUCCCUUCUCUAUGGACGUUUCUCUUGAACCCGGCGGUGAGGUGAUGACUUUUAACGGUACAGUCACGGACAUCCUCGCUCAGAUCCAGAGCAUCAAGCCUGACUUCACCUGGGACAACUACGGAUCUGCUGCACCUUCGACUGGAGUUUCCAAGUACAAGCGAACCAAGUCUAAGAUUCUUUGCAACAUUCCCAAUCACGACCACGGACUACGAUAUAUCCUUUUAUCGGGUUAUGACUUCUUGAAGAAUAUCCACACAGAUUGCAAGAUCGACGCAGGACCCAAGAAGUGCGCUAUGCUCUAUUGUAUGAAGGGCACCUCGAUUUGGAUGUGCAAUGACAACAGUACUCCCAUUAGUCGAGACUGUGCCUACAUCGCUACCUAUGUCCUAGAUAUCAUUGGCGCCGAAAACUGCCAGUCCCGCGGCAGUAUGGGACCUACGACUUGGACUCAAGGGCAGGAGUUCGACACAGACAACUUCAAUGUCAUUGCCGGUGGCGGUGGCUGCUCGUAG